AUGGCAAGCCACUGCAAGUUUUGGCUCCCUAAGAAGAAGAGAUUUUGUGCAGUUUCACCUCUUAAUAAUUCCUCAUUCUGCGGGAAUCACACCCAGAGGUCUGAUGGACAGUGGAUCCCGUGCCCAAUUGAUCCUACUCACUCUGUGCUGGAGGAAAAUAUUCAAGGUCACCUAAAUAGAUGCCCAUUACUGAAACAAACUCAAUCUCUAUUAAGUCAGCCGUACUACCAAAAGGGCGUUAAUGCCGGUGGAGAGGAGGAUGAGGAGGAAACUCCCAAGUCUAGUGGUGUUAAAAAUUCUUCUGUUACUUCUGAGAUGAAAAGAAAUGCUGUCUAUGCCAUGAGUGUGCCUGAGUUCUCCAAAUUGAUAGCUAAAAUCAAGAGCGUACAUGCAUCUAUAUGCAAUGACAUUCAAGAUUCUUUCAGGAUCCCGGAGGCUUGUAGCAUUUGGACAAAUCGACAAGUUGACAAGAAGUUACCUUAUCAAGAGAGACAUGUUUUACAACAGGCAUCUAUUCUUGGGAAUUUAGAAGAUUUUGGGGUGUUGAAAAAAUCUUGUGCGAGUUCUAAUGUAGCAAUGAAACAUUGUGAUUCCAAUGGAGCGUGUGAGAAUGAUAGUGAUGUUCCUGCAGUGGUUGAAUUUGGAGCUGGAAGGGGGUACUUGACUCAAAUGCUCGCAGAUUGCUAUGGGAUCAGCAAGGUGUUAUUGGUGGAGCGAAAGGCAUAUAAGCUGAAGGCUGAUCGGAGUUUGCGACAGAAAGAGGGCUUGACAUUAGAGCGAUUGAGAAUUGACAUUGAGGAUCUGAACUUGAAUGGGGUUGAGCCUCUACAAGGAGUCGCCUAUAUCGCAAUUGGUAAACAUCUUUGUGGGCCUGCAACAGAUAUGACCUUAAGAUGUUGCGUUCGUGAACAAUGCUGUCAAGUUAUUGCUGCUGAAGCCCAAGACUGUUGUUACUUUAGAGGCUUAGCGAUAGCUACAUGCUGCCAUCACCUGUGCCAGUGGAAAAACUAUAUAAAUAAGAGAUACGUAUCAGAUUUGGGUUUCACAAAGGAAGAUUUUCAUGCGAUUUCAUGGUUGACCAGCUGGGCAGUUGAUGCAGAUCAUGGAUCAAAUUUCUCGAGCACAGAAUUCAUGACACGACAUGAGAUCAUGAGCGAGAUGAAAGAGUUUGGUUUAGACUCAGAAGUACGUGGAGUUGGAGAAAUAGUGAGAGAUAUGCAGCCAAUUGAUAGGGCGGUGUUGGGUUUCAUGUGCAAGGAUAUCAUCGAUAUGGGUAGGUUGAUGUGGGUGAAGGCACAAGGACUAGAAUCUCAGCUCGUCAAUCCAAUUCCUAGCCAAUCUAGUGCUUCCCUUGCUCAGACAGGACCGGAGCUUGGGGAAGAUGAUUGGCAGUGCUAG